AUGGGGGACCUCCUAGCUUACUUUCAUGGUGAGGCUCAUGUCGUUGCUCUUGAUAUCACGAAAGAGUUUGAUCAGCUAUGGGUGGCUGACUUUCUCUCUGACCGUAAGAUAUCCGAAAAGCUAGGCUAUUUGUUUAGGGAUAAAUCUAGCCUGGAAUGCUGCUUACAUGUUUGGGGUGCUGCCGCCCCGACUUCAUUAUCCAUGCUCGAUGCUACCCUUUCGCACUGGCGGGCCGUUGGCGAUAUUGCUCUGUUCUACCGCUAUGCCAACGGGCUUUGCUCCUCAGAGCUUUCCCCCACGAUGCCGCCGCGCAAUGUGCCCGCCAAACAGACCCGCCUGACAUCCAGAAGUGGUCGAUACGACCGCUCCUUUUACUAA